UUGUACUAUUUUUAUUUGUCUUCCUUGUCUCUCUCUCUUUUCCUAUAAUAAUAGAAAAAAAGAAGAAGCUAUAUUUCAGUCCCUUGAUCACCAGCUCAAGAAUGGCUUCUGGAAGUGGAAGCAGAGUAAAGCAUGCUCGUAAUCACAAACCAAAACUACAUCAAGCUCAAUUUUCAGGUACAAGUAAUAACAAUAAUAAUAAUACAUCAAUAAGUAAAGCAGUAGCACAAUAUACUACAGAUGCUAGACUACAUGCUGCAUUUGAACAAUCAGGAGUUUCAGGAAAAUCAUUUGAUUAUUCACAAUCUGUUAGAAAUACAAAUGAGUCUGUUCCAGAAUAUCAAAUUACUGCUUACUUGAAUAAUAUUCAAAGAGGUGGUCAUAUUCAACCUUUUGGUUGUACAGUAGCUGUAGAUGAGUCGAGUUUUUGUGUAAUUGCUUAUAGUGAAAAUGCACGCGACAUGCUCGGUAUAAUGCCACAGUCAGUUCCGAGUCUUGAAAAGGUGGAAAUUUUGAAAAUUGGAACUGAUGUUAGGACCCUUUUUGCUCCUUCAAGCUCUGUUUUGCUUGAAGGUGCUUUUGGGGCGCGUGAGAUUGCUUUGUUGAAUCCGAUUUGGAUUCAUUCCAAGAUUUCGGGGAGGCCAUUUUACGCGAUUUUGCAUAGGAUUGAUGUUGGUAUUGUAAUUGAUUUGGAGCCUGCUAGAACAGAGGACCCUGCAUUGUCUAUUGCUGGAGCUGUGCAAUCACAGAAACUUGCUGUAAGGGCUAUUUCGCUCUUGCAAUCGCUCCCCGGUGGAGAUGUUAAGCUUUUGUGUGAUACUGUUGUUAAGAGUGUGAGGGAGCUCACUGGGCAUGAUCGCGUUAUGGUGUAUAAGUUUCAUGAGGAUGAGCAUGGGGAGGUCGUGGCGGAGAGUAAGAGAGAUGAUUUGGAGCCUUAUAUUGGUUUGCAUUAUCCGGCUACUGAUAUUCCACAAGCAUCGAGAUUCUUAUUUAAGCAGAAUAGGGUUAGAAUGAUUGUGGACUGUACUGCCACCCCUGUGCGGGUUAUUCAGGAUGAAUCGCUCGAGCAGCCUCUGUGUUUAGUCGGUUCAACACUUAGGUCCCCUCAUGGUUGCCACCCCCAGUACAUGGUCAAUAUGGGCAAUGUCGCGUCAUUAACACUGGCUGUUAUUAUAAAUGGUAACGAUGAUGAAAUUGUUGGAGGAGGCCGAAAUACGAUGAGAUUAUGGGGCUUGGUCGUUGGACACCACACUUCUGCUCGGUGCAUUCCUUUCCCCCUUCGUUAUGCCUGUGAAUUCCUUAUGCAGGCCUUUGGGCUCCAACUAAACAUGGAAUUACAAUUGGCAUCACAGUUGGCUGAAAAACAUGUCUUAAGGACACAAACAUUGUUAUGUGACAUGCUUCUUCGAGACUCACCUACGGGGAUUGUUACUCAGAGUCCCAGUAUUGUCGACCUUGUGAAAUGCGAUGGGGCCGCUUUGUACUACCAGGGGAAGUACUAUCCUAUGGGUAUUACACCUACUGAAGCCCAGAUAAAGGGCAUCGUGGAGUGGCUAUUGACUUAUCAUGUUGACUCAACAGGUUUGAGUACUGAUAGUUUGGCCGAUGCAGGGUAUCCUGGGGCAACUUCACUUGGUGAUGCGGUUUGUGGGAUGGCUGUUGCUUAUGUAACUUCAAAAGAUUUCCUGUUUUGGUUCCGUUCACACACUGCGAGUGAGUUAAAAUGGGGUGGUGCAAAGCAUCAUCCAGAAGACAAAGAUGAUUGGCAGAGAAUGCAUCCACGCUCUUCCUUCAAGGCAUUUCUGGAAGUUGUUAAGAGCCGCAGUUUACCAUGGGAGAAUCCAGAAAUGGAUGCAAUUCACUCUUUGCAGCUUAUUCUACGUGAUUCAUUCAAGGAUGCUGAGGCAAGUAAUUCUAUGGCUGUCGCGCAUGCUCAGCUUGGGGAAGCGGGGUUGCAAGGGAUGGAUGAGCUGAGAUCUGUUGCCAGAGAAAUGGUUAGAUUGAUAGAGACUGCUACAGCACCCAUAUUUGCCGUUGAUGUUGAAGGUUGCAUAAAUGGAUGGAAUGCCAAAAUUGCAGAGUUGACAGGGUUAUCAAUUGAAGAAGCAAUGGGGAAGUCCUUGGUUCAUGAUCUUGUCCACGAAGAAUCACAGAGAACUGCUGAGAACCUUCUCUUCAAUGCUUUAAAAGGUGAAGAAGAUAAGAACAUAGAAAUAAAGUUUAGGACAUUUGGAGCUGAGCAACUGAAGAGGGCUCUUUUUGUGGUGGUUAAUGCUUGCUCUAGCAAAGACUACAUGAAUAACAUUGUUGGUGUCUGCUUCGUUAGCCAGGAUGUUACUGCCCAAAAAGUUGUAAUGGACAAAUUUAUUCGCAUACAAGGUGAUUACAAGGCCGUCAUGCACAGCCCUAAUCCUCUGAUCCCGCCCAUAUUUGUAUCAGAUGAAAACACUUACUGCGUCGAGUGGAACACUGCGAUGGAAAAACUUACUGGUUGGAACAGAGGAGAAAUCAUUGAAAAAAUGUUAGUUGGUGAGAUUUUUGGCAAUUUUUGUCGGCUCAAAGGCCCAGACACCAUGACUAAAUUCAUGAUUGUGUUGCAUAAUGCAAUUGGAGGCCAGGACACGGAAAAGUUUUCAUUUUCUUUUUCGGACCGAAAUGGAAAAUUUGUUCAUGUUCUUUUGACUGCUAACAAGAGAGUCAAUAUGGAUGGCCAAAUUAUUGGGGCCUUCUGUUUCUUGCAGAUUGCAAGUCCUGAAUUGCAGCAAACUCUAAGCAUGCAGAGACAACAGGAGAGGACAAGUAUUUCUCAGAUGAAAGGGUUGGCUUACAUUUUUCGGGAAUUAAAGAAUCCGCUGAAUGGUAUACGCUUUGCAAAUUCAUUAUUAGAGACCACAGAUUUGACAGAAGACCAGAAGCAAUUUCUGGAAACAAAUGUUGCUUGUGAGAGGCAGAUGUCUAAUAUCAUAAGGGAUGUUGAUCUUGACAAUAUUGAAAACGGUUCACUGGAGCUUGAGAAAGCAGAAUUUUUUCUUUCGAGUGUGAUAGAUGCUGUUGUUAGCCAAGUGAUGUUAUUGUUGAGGGAAAGAGGUGUGCAACUGAUCCGGGAUAUUCCAGAGGAAAUCAAGACAUUAAGGGUCUACGGCGAUCAAGUCAGAAUUCAGCAGGUCUUUGCUGAUUUCUUGCAGAUUAUGGCAAGCUAUGCGCCAUCCCCAGAAGGGUGGGUAGAAGUCCAUCUUCAACCAAGUAUGAAGCAAAUUUCUAAUGGAGUAACUAUCGUACAUAUUGAGUCCAGGAUUGUUUGCCCUGGUGAAGGUCUUCCUCCUGAAUUAAUCCAAGAUAUGUUCCAUAACAGUCAGUGGGUAACUCAGGAAGGUCUACGGCUGAGCAUGUGCCGAAAAAUCUUAAAUCUUAUGAAUGGAGAAGUCCAGUAUAUCAGACAAUCAGAAAGAUGUUUCUUCCUGAUUAUACUUGAACUACCUAUGCCUCAAAGAGGUUCAAAGACGGUUGGCUAGGUUACUAGCUAUUAGAUUCAAUCUUGAAGUCGCUCAAAGAGGAAUCGUGCAAUCUAGUAGAAUGUUGGGGAUGCCUCAGGUGCUUAGCGCGGAACUUGGAGGAGGGUCAAGUUUCCAAUACCAGGAUUAGUUUAUACUAGGAUACAUUUUAACAUCCUAAUUGGUUUACUUCCAAAUUAACUGCAAAUCUGCAAUAUGGGUUGCGUCAAUAUGCUUCUUGGCUUAACGGUUUCAAGCAGUUGUGAUUAGUAUCAUUCUAAGGAAAUGUACUAGGGAUAUUGUUUUAAAGAGGUCACUUCGAUGUACUAAAGUUUGCUUGUUGGAUAAAUAUAUAUAAUGCUGAGUGAUGGUCCGGUAGAAUGAAUGUCUUUAUUUGUAAUGACAUAAAUUUUGAUGCUUUAUGUAACAUGGAUAUGCUGAACAUCUUCUAUGUAUAAGCUCCUCUUGCCAGGAAAGGCUCUAUCAAGGGGGACUUAAUUUAUCUGUUAAUUUUUAGCAUCUUAUAUUUCAAGUGUGUUA